GUGAGAGAAAGAGAGAGAAACAGAGUAGAAGGCAAGAGUGCAGAGGGAAGCAGGAGGGAGAGAUAAGGUUGCCUGGGCUGAAGUUGCUGGAGAUAGUUUUCAGACUUUCAGUCUGAUUCUAGUUUCCUUCUCAUUGCAUGUUUUGUGGGGGAAAAAAGGCUUGGGGGUGAUCCAGAGGAACAGAGACAGAUCAAGGAAAGAGUGUUUGGAAGGGGUGAAAGAAAAAACAAAAGAAGAAGAAGAAGAAGAAGAAGAAGAAGAAGAAGAAGGACUGGCUGCUCCAAGAGAGAUCAUUGAGUGGAUGUUGCUGUACUCCGUAGUGUCAGGUUUCACAAAAUGAAAGACCACUACAAGAGCGCUUCUGCAGGGCUCAACCAACCAAGCCAGGAUGCCAGCUGCUAGCAUCAUGACUGGUGGAAGAGCGCUGCUGCUCUGUACGAACACAGAGAACUGCAUCUACCAGUCAGUCAACGGGCUCCAGUGCUGUGGCUUGCGGCCUGAAGGCGCUCAAUCUGUGGUGUCAAAUAAGUCGGACCUGUCCAGGGUUGUGGACACACAGUCCCCCCUAACAUCCCUGGACAACACUGACUGCUUCUCUGGGAACAUCGACAUGUUCGCCCACAAGGGACCGAGUGACACUUAUCCUGUUGAAAAUGGCCUGGGGGGCUGCAACAAGCCCACAAAAACUCCUGUGGGAAUCAAAAGCACUGCCAGCAUUAGGGACAAAAUAUCCCAAUGGGAGGGCAAAACAGAUAAUGCUGGACCAAACCCACCGACUGUCAUCCAGAAAGAGACGGAAAGUGUGAGGAAGAAGGAUAUAAAAUCUACAGAGGUACAAAGAAGAGACAGUAAAAGAGGUUUUAGCUGUGACAGACAGGACAUUGGCAAAGAGAAUGGAAAUAAGAUUGGAGAAUCCAGGAAAAGUACAGAAGCAUGUACAAGGGAAAGAGAUGUGAUCCUGGACAAAAUGUCUGCGGGGAAAACUGACAUUGUCCAAGACAAGAAAUCUGUUUUGACACACAUUAAGAAACUUGAGCAGGCCAUGAAGGAGACACCUACUAAGCCUUGCUUGCCUGGCAACUAUUUCUGCCCACCUUCUAAAGACAAGCAAGACGAAACGGAGAAAAAGCCUGCAGAACCCAUCUUCGGGACUGUGGAAGUGGUGAGGUCUGGGAGUCGCCGUGGUCGAAACAGAGAUCCUGAGAAUGUGUACACUGAGCCUGGGGCGCCGUCCAUUAACCCUCUGCCCAAACCUCAACGUACCUUUCAGCACCACACUCAAACAAACAACUGUGGACUUCCCCAAGGUUCAGCAAAGGGGAGGCGGAAUCUACCCCCUUUGCCCUCGUUACCCCCUCCACCACUUCCCUCCUGCCCUCCACCACCUGGGGUGUGUCAGAGGCCUUGGCAGGAACACACUCGAGACAGUAAUAACAGGAAGUCAUAUGAGUUUGAGGAUUUGUUGCAGUCGUCCACUGAGGGCUGUCGAGUGGAUUGGUACGCUCAGUCCAAGCUGGGUCUCACACACACUUUAUCUGAGGAGAAUGUCUAUGAAGACAUCUUAGAUCCUCCAUCUAAAGAAAACCCUUAUGAAGACAUAGAAUUGGAAAGCCGCUGUGCUGGAAACAAAUAUCCUGUUCCAACGUCACCGUCUUCGCCCACUCUCGACACUCCUACUAAGCUCUCCUCUAAGCCUGGCUUCUUCAGGCAGAGUUCAGAACGGCGGAGCUUCAAACUAUUAGAUCUGCGCAAGACAAACAGAGAUGGGGGCAUUGCGUCACCCUCAAGGAUAAGCCCACCUUCAACCCCCAGCAGCCCUGAUGAUACACCGUGCCUCUCAGGAGACCCCUAUAACCGCAGACGAAGGAAAAUCCCCAAGAUGGUGCUGAAAAUAAAUGGCAUCUUUGAGGCCCGGAGAGGGAAGAAGAAAAUGAAGCGGCUCUCUCCGUCGACUGAAUCCAGCUCAGGGCGAGGUGUAUUAACAGAUGAAAACAGUGAAUCAGAGAGUGACACAGAAGAAAAGCUGAAAGCUCACAGCCAGAGGUUGGUGUCGGUGCAGUCCAUGUUAAAACAGACGGGCCGGUAUCGCACGCUGGAGAGAGAUUUGAUGGACCUACAGGAGAGGAAACUGUUUGAAUACUUCUUGGUAGUGGCUCUACAUAAAACCAAAGCAGGAGCACCUUAUUUGCCUGAAGUCACCCAGCAGUUCCCACUUAAGCUGGAGAGGAGUUUCAAGUUCAUGCGAGAGGCUGAAGAUCAGCUGAAGGUCAUUCCUCAGUUCUGCUUUCCUGAUGCCAAAGACUGGGCCCCUGUGGACAAUUUCCCCAGUGAAACUUUCUCAUUUGUCUUGACGGGGGAGGAUGGGAGCAGAAGAUUCGGCUACUGUCGACGUUUACUGCCUUCUGGGAAGGGGAGGCGUUUGCCUGAGGUCUACUGCGUAGUGAGUCGACUGGGAUGUUUCGACCUCUUCUCAAAGAUGUUGGAUGAGGUCGAGAAACGGAGAGCGAUUUCCCCUGCUCUGGUGCAGCCCUUCAUGAGGGCCAUCAUGGAGGCUCCGUUCCCCGCCCCAGGCAGAACCAUUACUGUGAAGAACUUCCUGCCAGGCUCAGGAACCGAGGUAAUAGAGCUGUGUCGCCCCUCCGAUUCACGGCUGGAGCAUGUGGAUUUCGAGUGUCUUUUCUCCUCUUUGAGUCUGCGUCUCCUCCUAAGAGUCUUUGCCUCACUGCUGCUGGAGCGGAGAGUGAUCUUCACAGCAGACAAGCUCAGCACACUGUCUCAGUGUUGUCACGCAGUGGUGGCCCUGCUCUAUCCCUUCACGUGGCAGCACACGUACAUCCCCGUGUUGCCCCCUGCUAUGAUGGACAUUGUUUGCACUCCGACUCCUUUCAUUGUGGGCCUGCUGUCCAGCUCUCUGCCUCGACUCAAGGACCUCCCCCUAGAGGAGGUCCUGGUGGUGGACCUUGGCAAUAGCCGUUUCCUACGACAGAUGGAUGAUGAAGACUCCAUUCUGCCUCACAAACUGCAGACUGCUCUCGAGUAUGUUCUGGAGAAGAGGAAAGAGUUGGCCUCUGACAGAGGAGAGCUUCCAACUGAACACUGCUCUCUGAGCGCCGUGGUGUCCGAGGCUUUUGUCCGCUUCUUUGUGGAAAUAGUCGGACACUACUCGCUCUUCAUGGGGGGCAACGAACGUGAUGAAGAGUCCUCGGCGUCUUCCUCCUCCCCCACGCCUUUAUCCUUCCAACGCGACGCCUUCCGCAAGGCUAUGUCCUCGAAGAGUCUGCGCCGCUUCCUGGAGGUCUUCAUGGAGACGCAGAUGUUCACCGCUUUUAUUCAGGAGAGGGAGAUGCGCAGGCAGGGACUGAGAGGCUUGUUUGAGGUUAGGGCUCAAGAUUACCUGGACUCACUGCCUGGAGCUGAGAAUCGAGGGGUCAAUAAGUUUCUCAAAGGUCUAGGACACAAAAUGAAAUUCCUUUCCAAAAAGUGAAGUGUCCCCAUGUUUGGUAGACAGAUUUAGGCACCAUUUAAGCUCCAUAGCAGUGAUUCUGCAAAGACAUGGACCUGAGACCUCAUGACAGCACUGAGACUGGGGGGUGGGGGGGGGAGAAUUGGGGUGACACCAUGAGCUCAGCAAGAAAACAAAACUCGGACAUAAAUUCUUGGCUGAAAACUUCAUUAAAUGCUUUCCUCCCAUUUUUCUCACAUCAAACCAGUACCAAGGUCAUGUUUCACCGUAGACUGGUGUGUUUGUAAGCGUGUGUGUAUGUGUUUGAAUAACUGCUCACUUUCUACAAAAUGUGCUACAAGAUUAGAAGAGAAAGUAGGCAUGGACCAAAGUUUAAUUUCCUGUACAGUUUUUUUUUUUUUCACAUAAAUUUUUUUUUUUUGCCCCUAAGAAAUAGAGUACAACUUCUGUAACAGGGGGCAAUAAUUUAAUUUAUAUUCUUUCUAGAAAAAAAAAGACAUUUAUAAUUUCUUACAUAAAAACUUGUUGCCUUUUAAAUACAAAAAUAAACAGAAAAGUUGCUAGUUUUGUUAUAGACUUAUUUAUCGCAGUAUAUUCCGAACUUUGGACUUGUAAGUAAAAUACCACUGUGACUGGUCAUUUAUGUUGGGAAUGGAAAAAAAUGGGGAUGAGUAGAAUCUGACAGAUUAAUGGAUGCAGGUAACCUGUUCUGGGAUGCAAAUCUUGGACUCUAUAGAACAAUGGACUUCAUUUGAUGUGUUCUGUGUCUUUUGCUGUUCAUGUAAAAAAAAAAAAACAAAAAAAAACACAACCUCACCACUAAAUGUGUUUGAAACCUGAUUAACAAAAGAGCUGCUGGUCUCCAUUUCAAAAAUGUCUGUGAUUUAAAGUAUAUCCAGGUUACAUUUGCUUUUCCGUACACCAGUAAUAAAGGAUCCAGUCUUCCAUCUACACCACUGGGGGUCACCACAGAGAGGACUUCAGUUGUUCUUCACUUAUUUCUUCAUGCUAAUGUUAGUAAUGUUUUGUUUUGUUUUGUUUUGUUGUUUAAACCAACAACAACAACAACAACAAAAUCACUGAACCUGCUUAUUAGCAUUUCUCAAAUGAAAGACAUGCAGACUUUCGUUAUAAAAACACACUUUUGUUUCUCAUGUAUAUAAUUAUUUGAUCGAUUUGAGUUAUUUGGUGGUCUUGGCAUUGGCUUCAUAAGUGGGAUCACACUUGUGUGAUUAUGAGCAGCAAAUCUAAUCAGGCAAAAACAGAGCUGAUUCAGUGAAUCCUCGCUUUCUUUCCUCCCUCACUCGGAUCCCGAGCCUCUCCUCUGAGAACACAUACUGAAUUCACAUUGACAAUGACCUCCAGAAGAAACCAAAACGGAUACACAUGGCACAAAAUCCAUAAACGCAAUGUGUCCGUACAUAAAAGAAGUACUUUGUCUUUCUAUACAGUAUUUAGCAGGGUCAGUUUCAACGCUGUUGUGUAUUUCGUCUUGAAGAUCAGGUUGUUUGAAGCAAUUGUUUAUAACUGUAUUAAAUAAAGUGAUUUUUU